GGUUUUCCUUUUUUAAACAUUUGCAAUAAAAAGAUCAUUUAAAGCGAAAUCUAUAAACGUAGAAUAUAAAAUUAUUCUAGGUUGUUGCUGAAGCGAUUGACAUCAAAAUCCAAUUGGUUUUUUAACUGUUAUUUUUAUAUUUAGUUAGUGGAAACCGUUUUCUCCCGAAAUGGAAUUUUAUAAAAAACAUACCGUUAUUUUGUUAGGAUCGCAAAGGUAUUCUUCCCUCUUUAACAACUGAAGUUGAAGUGUAUGUAAUGUGCCCUUUGUACUUUUAGUUGCAUUGCAUGUACAUUUACUGUAAAAUAAAAUGAGUGGACUUUAAUAUAUAAACAUAGUGCUUAUUAAUGAUUAAUACAAAUUAUUAAUUUCAGUGGGUAGGUACUUUACUUUGAAUCACCUGAAAAAGUUAUCUGAGCCUGAUAACUUAGUUGUAAGUUAGGUACAUUGAAGGUCACCGAAGGUUGUAAAAUAUAUAAACUACCUUACAGAAAGGUAAUUGACAAGAUUGAGACAUAGAGUUAAACAUUUUCAGUUAAGUAAGUAGUAGGACAAGUAAAAGCCGUAAUUAAUUUCUCAAAACCAAUGAUUUUAUUGAUAAUAUAUUAAUUUAGUAUUUAACCCACAGUCUACUACAAAAAGAAAACCGCCACAAAAGAAAACACGAAGCACAACACCAACGAACAUGGCGGCGGAUGAAGGCAUUUGCAACGCUACGUGCGUGAAAAAGAAAACAAAAAAGCCGUGCAGUUUGAUAAUACCAACCUGCCCCAUGAACGAAUGUGUUUUGACCCGGAACAAACAUUGCGAUUACGAAUGCAACGGCGUAAUGUGCGGAUCAGAAUGCCAGUCUGAAAAGGAAAAAUGCCACCUUAAAUGUGUAGGAGUCGGUUGUAUUGCCAGGUGCAAUGGGGAGAAAUGUAUUGCUGUAUGCACAGGGAAAGAUUGUACUGCCACGUGUGAAGGAGAAGAUUGUAUAUAUUCGGUUUAG